CACGUGACCAGUUAGGUAAGCGGCUGCGUUUUUUUUCACCUCAGGAUUUCCCGCCUGCAGUUAGAUGACGGUCGUGUGAUCGGUCCCGGGUGUGAAUACAGGCUUAGUACAGGACAGAACCGAAUACGAGAUGUGUGGACGCACGGCUUGCACUCUGGCUCCAGACGACGUCAGUAAAUCUUGUGAAUAUAAAGACAAACAAGGACAAAGAAAGCGUCCUCCGUGGAGAGACGGCGACUCCGAUAAAUACCAUCCAUCGUACAAUAAAAGCCCCCAGUCCAACAGCCCCGUCCUGCUGUCUGUGAAGCAUUUUCAGAAGGAUGCUGACUCUUCGGAGAGAGUCCUGGCCGCCAUGCGCUGGGGUCUUAUCCCCUCCUGGUUUACCGAAACAAACCCAUCAAAAAUGCAAUACAACACCAGCAACUGCCGUAGCGACACCAUGAGCGAGAAGCCGCUGUACAAGGGGCCAUUGUUUAAGGGCCAGAGAUGCGUGGUGCUCGCAGAUGGAUUCUAUGAGUGGAGGCGACAGGAUGGAGAGAAGCAGCCGUACUUCAUUUACUUCCCGCGGCUCAAGUCAGAAGAGUCUGAAGAUACCAAGGACGGUUCUGAUGGAGGGAGUCGGAGGCUGCUCACCGUGGCCGGGCUAUUUGACUGUUGGGAACCUCCAGGAGGAGGAGACCCUCUUUAUUCCUACACUGUCAUCACAGUGGACGCCUCCAAGAGUAUGAACUGGAUCCAUGACCGGAUGCCGGCGAUAUUGGAUGGUGAUGAGGAGAUCCAAAAAUGGCUGGACUUUGGAGAGGUCCCUGCAAAAGAAGCUGUAAAGCUUAUUCACCCCAUUGAAAACAUCACUUGCCACCCUGUGUCCACUAUAGUGAACAACUCCCGAAACAACACCCCAGAAUGCAUCGCUCCCAUCAUUCUGCACAAGAAGAAGGAGCCCGCCCUGAGCGCCAGCAGUAAGAAGAUGUUGUCAUGGCUGCAAAACAAGUCUCCAAAGAAAGAAGAACCAGAAGAGGUUAAACAGGCGAAACUUUCUCAGUUCGCUUUGUCACCCAAGAAGACAAGCGCAGGGUUAAUGCACCAGUGGCUGAAGAAAGAAGGGGAACCGUCACCUAAGAGGCCGAGGAGAUGAUAGUCUGGGCACUACAAAAACCAGCACUAAUAGGCUUUACCUUCUCACCAUUUAAUUGUAUAUUCGUUGUUUUAUACACUUCGUUACUACGGUUCGGUUCGUAUGAUUCAUGUGGACUUUCUGUCUGCUCAUUGGGCCUAUGGGUUCACUUUCCUGUUUAACCAUUUGUUCCAGUAUUCUUCCACCAAGUGAUUUGAGGAGAUUUUCCCUCAUCUGUAUGAUAAAAAAAAAAAAGAGUUUGAGACUGCACCUGCAUCCAACUGAAAAGGACAUAACGGAGGAGCAUUGUGAGUAGACACCAGUUAACUGCCUUCAGCCAAUCAGCAUCACUUGGAUUGCUCUCAGUCACGCUGAUUGGUGAAGAGGAGGCUCCACAACGCUCCUCCCUCAUGUCCGUUUCAGUUGGAUGCACACACAGUAUACAGCCUCUCCUGAUACUGGCUCAAAGGCCUUAAUAUCUCCAUUUCUUUGAUUGGAAUUGUGGCAGGUAGUUUCCUGCUUUGCUGAUUGAUGCUUAUUAUCCAUCAGUCA